UUAAUAGAUUAAAUUCACGUAUUUUUGUAAUCUAAAAAACAUUAUACAUAAGAAAAAAAAUUACUGAUUUGAGCACACAGAUUUUAGUAGUUAACAGCAUCCCGAGCCGAUUAGUCGAAGAUGAAGUUUGAAAGAGAUUUUAACAUUUUAUUAGCAUUACUUUGCGUGUGUCUGAUUUAUCAAAUAGACGGUGUCCCACAAAGAGGAUUCAGAAUCCCUCAGCAACGUCACAAUGCCACCGCUUGGAACAAUAACUGGCGGCAAAAUACAACCCAGCUAAGCCCCAAUUGGCAGGGUAACAAUCAGACAAUUGGCAAUCGAAAUUACAGUAAUCCUAACAAUAUCUACAACAACUGGCAACCACAAGGCGAAAGAUUAUGGCUAAAUAAUAACCAAUCACAUCCCCAUAUUCAAGUGCCUGGAUUCAGGAGUGGGCUACAUUAUGCUGCCGCUAAGCAAUCAAAUCGAAGCAUCCCUGUGCGAACCGGAUGGCAACAAGCGCAAUCGGUGGGACCUUACCCUACAAAUUGGGCACCCCAACGCAGUAACUCGACGCAAAAUAUCCCAAACAGAACCCAAUUUGCUCCAACGAAUUCUGGUUGGUUGGCACCAGGCAACCCAACAACAAACUAUACACAUGGCAGAGGCGGCAUAAGUAACAGUACCGUAAAUGGUAACAGAGGAUUACCCGCACAGGUGUAUAAUGGAGCCAACUCAUAUCCCAAUUGGCAUGCUGGCCUUCCUGGAAGUGCGCUUGUAGCUGGAACCUACAACGGAAAUUCACUUCCUGUAUCCAAUAGUGGGCAGCAGGGAUGGCAAACUGCCAACCGAAGUGGUGCUGCUUUUGGCUUCAACUCAGGACCACAACUAGCACCGUUAGCCGGUAGUGCCUCUGGGCAUCAAAAUGCAGUAAAUGCUGGUUGGAAUGCUCCAAGUGGACAACCUAAUGGUGCUUAUAGUGCACACCCAUACGGCAAACUAUUUGCUUGAUUAUUUGCGAAGAAUUCUUAAUAAAACGACGAAAUAUUUUAAUUAUCACAUUUAUUAACGGUAUGGCAGAUUCCUUGUAUGAUGAUAAUAAAAGUUACUACAAACAAUUAAAGCAUAAUUUUUUUAUCGAAGCUUGCCAAUGACCUCCACAUCUCUAUGCAAUGUUAGACCCAAGCUGGCUUGUGUACUUACCGUAAACGUUAUAAUUCUUCGAUAUUUCUAGAAAUAUGUUGACCGAAAACUCCAGUCGUGCUUAGCAGACGACCCCACCCGCUAUUAUUCCCCGCUGAUUGAAACAAAUAACUUUCUUUUCAAAUAUGAAUUAUUUCCUAUUUAUUGCAGAUAUUAUUCGAUUUAAAACAUUUCAUAGAUUCUUUUUUCAAAAAACAUUACACAUUUAUUUAUAAAUAAAAACAAACACAAACUCAAAUAUAAAUGGCCCUGCCUACAAAUUCUACACAACUUGCUUUAAUGGUGCUUGUAAUGGCGGUACCCCUUAAGACGAAUAAAAAGUAACUUUCGAAGCAUGGUGGAAUAUAUAAAAUAGGUCUUCAAAUGUAGAACUGGUUUUGUACAACCCAAUGUCCGCUCUCUAAAUCAGUGUAUAGACGUUUUUGGACAAGUGUAAUGGAGUUUCUGGCUCAUAUAUUCCACGUACAGAAGAGAUUCGUUAAAAGGAACCAUAAAGCAAAAGGAGCGGAACGAAUCGGACAGUAGGCAGGGAAAAGAAUAAGCUCGUCGGAAUAUCCAUCGUUGAGGCUCCCACGCCGCAGUCACUGCAAAGUUUCCCUCGCUGCCGUCAAAACGUGGUAUCCCACGCCGCAGUCUCAACUUGGUAUCCCACGCUGCUGUCCCAACUUGGAAUCCCACGCCGCCGUCCCAACUUGGUAUCCCACGCUGCAGUCUAAACUUGGAAUCCCACGCCGCCGUCACAACUUGGAAUCCCUCGCUGCCGUCAAUACUUGGAAUCCCACGCCGCCGUCAACUCUAAUUCCCCGCAAAAAUCAAAACAACAACCCCACGAUGAACCGCUGACAGUCCCCCGAUGAAGGGUCCCACGAUGUCUCCAAUACUUGGUAUCCCUCGCCGCAGUCAAAACUUGGUAUCCCUCGCUGCCGUCAAUACUUGGAAUCCCACGAUGCCGUCACAACUUGGUAUCCCUCGCCGCUGUCAAUACUUGGAAUCCCACGCUGCCGUCACAACUUGGUAUCCCUCGCCGCUGUCAAUACUUAGGAAUCCCACGCUGCCGUCAAUUCUUGUUGAUUUUCGAUGUUUAUUUUGUUGUUUGCUAAUUCAAUUUCUGCCUUCCCAAUUAAACCCAAUGGAAUCGUGAAGAUAAACGAAAAAUUGACGUCUCGAAAGAAGGUUCAUAGAAGGUGUUUAGGGGUUUCUAAAAUUGCCUUCUCUCUGUCUCUCCCAAUUAGUGAUGAAAUAAGAAUGAUGAAGAUGAACACCGCACAUUCGAUAUACAAAAUUCUCAUACGCUCAGAAGUGUUACAAGGUAUCCCAGUUGUGGUAAGCAAAAGAAGAUCGAUCGGCCGAACAGUAUUUUGCCCUCAUACUUUCUGCAAAGCAAGUCACCGUACGUAACCUCGGCUGAAGCCACAAGUUCUAGCCUUUGCAAUAGAACGCACACCGACCACACACAUUUAAUUCACACAACCAGACCACAAUCGUGAAGCUAGCACUCGAAUGGCAUACAUGGGUAUGUAUGUAGAUAUGUACUCAAUCCUCUUGAGUUUCGACGGAGUUGUACAUUCCGAUCGGUAGCAAUACAUGUCACAAAAAGGUGCGAAAUUACUUUUCGACAAUAGGUAAUUUAAUGGACUCGGCAUCAUCGUAGAUAUAAUUAUCUCUAUCUCUGCAAGGCGCUUGGAAGGCAGUCGCUCUGGCUAUUCAAUUCAGUAGACUCGAGUAGGUCGAGUUAGCUGCCGAUAGGGAACGCUUGUGGUAAAUUGUUGACAAAUAUGUGCGUUUAUACGUGCGUGUGUGUGUGUGUGUGUGGGCGUAUGCUUGCAGUGAAGUACAAAGAGGACGCUAGAUGAAUUUGCAUGUGAAAGUCAACAUGUGACCAGGACGAACUAUAAUCGGACGAGAUUGUGCGGUGCGCUCUGCUGACUUGCAAAAGUUGUACAUGCCACACAAGGACGAGUAUUUAAGGAUGGAGUCUCAAUGUAAGGCGCUGUACAAGCACUUUCAACGUAUUGGUUUGAAGCAAAUGCGGCUUGGAUGGUACGGCCGAAGUACAUUACAAGAGCCAAUAGAAUAUGUCGCGCGCUCCACCUUAAUUCGAUUUCCCAAAUUGAACGGUCGAUCAUGAUGUUUUCCCUAUGAACUAAGCUUCCUAUAUCUUGCACUCUUUCCUGCCUUCUCUCCCUUUAUAUCUGCAAUUCUCAUGCAAUCGGAUGUGUGUGGUGUCGAUAAUAAUGGACCCAAUAGAUAAGACGAAAUCUCUGCUCUCAAUAUGAUGUUCACACUGCAAAACCCUCGUAUGACAAAAUGACAUCG